AUGGCGUUCAAGAAAUGGCUUCCCAGAAGUGAAAAGCACAAGCGGAACGGACCGGGCGAAAACGGACAGGGCGGGGAGGCAGAGCUGGAAGAAGCGAGGGGGAGGGAGGACGCAGGGUGCGUGGCGAACGGCGGCGGCGAGCGGAAGGACGGGGGGGAGGACGCGCACCGGGAGUACUUGCGGUACUUGCAGCAGACGGGAGAAGGCCGCGACGGGGUGCAGGAGCUGCUGUUCGCGCGGCCGGCGGGCAAGGACCGGCGGCUGCUGCCGUUCGGGGACGGGACGCCCAAGGUGUUUGGAUUGGAGAACUACGGCAACACCUGCUACUGCAACUCGGUGCUGCAGUGCCUGUACAACCUGAAGGAGCUGCGCGUGAACGUGUUGAAGUACCCUACGCGCGCGGAGCCGACAGAGCGCAUACGCCGGCCGGACUCCGGGCUCCUGCGGCCGCGCGCGGCGUCAGAUUCCGGACCGGCCACAACUGCUGUCGGCGGAGAGGGCGAGAGCGCGCGUCGUGCGUCGAUUGGAGCGCCGGUGCCGUCGACAAAGGGACUGGUGCGGCGCCGCUCGUUGAAUUUCUUCAGCAGGGGUGCCCAGGCGCGCCGGGGGAAGGAUCUGCAGCAGAACGGCACCGCUCCAGGGCUGGAGUCGCAGCAGAACGGCGGCACCAAACAGGAACCGGAGCAGAACGGCGAUACACAGCAGAGUUGUAACGAUAGCGGGAAUGAAUUCAUAUACAAAGAGGCCCUGGACGAGGAUGGUACGGCUGCAGACACUAAUGGUGCUACGCUGGCGUUGGAAAAUGUCGCAUCGCGGGAUAACAUGGCCGCGGACCCCAUCAUGGAGAUGAUACAUGAAGGAUACGGCAAGGUCAUUGUUGGUCGUUUGCAAACAAAGAAUGCGCAGCUGCAGCGUUCGUUGACGACGCUGACGACAAUGGUCCACUCGGAAAGCCGCAACCCGUCUGCAUCGUCAUCGACCUCCACUGCAUCCUCUGGAACUGCGGCAGGCUCUGGCGCUCUCCGGCAGUCUAGCUCACCCGUUUACGCUAGCAAUAUGUCCAGUGAACAGCGGAAGAAGGCUGCAUUGAUCACGGGUCCGGUGCUAUGCAUUGACCAGCCGAUGCACAGUAAUUACUUCCCUAGUGACAUGGAGCCCACCCUAUACAAUGCAUUAAAAGACGUGUUCGAGUGCAUUGCGGAGUCUAACCACAUGCUAGGGGUUGUCUCGCCGUCGCAUUUUGUUAGCGUUCUGCGUAAAGAAAACGUUCUUUUCAAUAGCAUGAUGCACCAAGAUGCACAUGAAUUUCUAAACUUUCUAAUGAAUGCCUUGAGUGAUUCUCUGCAACUGCAGCUGCAGCGGUUGCCGGAUAAGUCACCUGAAAACUUUAUUCAUACUCUUUUCCAGGGUACCAUGAACAACUCCAUAAAAUGUCUGACCUGUGAUAAUAUUACCUCUAAUGAGGAGCCCUUUUUUGACUUUGCAAUUCCUGUGAGUGAGGACGAAGAGGUGAAUGUCCAAGACAUUCUCCGCGACUUCCACCAGCGCGAAAUGCUUAACGGCGCGAAUAAGUUUUAUUGUGACUCGUGCAAUGGGCUACAGGAGGCCGAACGGACCGUUGGCAUCAAAGAACUUCCGGAACUGCUCCCACUCCAUCUGAAGCGGUUUAAAUACAGCGAAAAGCAUCAGUCCAACAUCAAACUCUUCAAUGUAAUUCACUAUCCUCUGAAUCUCAGGGUGUGUUCAACCUUCGACCACGCCGUUUGCAAAGACUACGAACUUAACGGGAUUGUUAUCCAUAUGGGGGGCGGGCCGCAACAUGGACAUUAUGUCGCUAUUUGUAAACACGAGCUAUUUGGGUGGCUUCUAUACGAUGAUGAGACUGUCGAGUCAGUGGGGGAAGAUGCAGUCUUGAGGUUCAUAGGGGAUGUGAACGAUAUGACCACAGCCUAUGUUUUAUUCUACAAAUCGAAACGUGAAGACGAUGACACCCCAGCCGAACUACAGGAUUAUAAUGCGAACAUUGACCAGCUGCUCAAGUACGACGACUGGAUGCGCCGGAGGAGUGCUAGUUCUGCUGUCCCAGUGGCAUCGUAUGCUGCUACGCUCGAAGAAGUUCCGGAAGAGAAGGAUAGCCAUUAUAUAAGGACGAGUGAUAACGGUACGGUCAAACAAAAGGCAAAAAUGUUCAGGCUUAAACGCUCAAAGGCCAGUUGCAAAUAA